CAAACACACAUUGCACUACUACUAAUUCAUAGAAACUCUUGUCAGAGAUGAAGUCUAGUCCACCAGCGCCUUGCAAUCCCUCUACAGCGCAGCUCCUGCUUGCGCUGUGUCCGUUGGCAAUUUUGGUUAAUGAGGCUGAUUUUAGCUUUUGUGGCACCUAUAUUAAAGAGCUGAAAUUUUUCUGAAGGGAAGAUGUCUUCUUCGACAAAGCAAAGAAUUGUAGGAGGCAGGAUUGACAUCUUGACACUCGUUGUAACUCGCUUGCUCAGUUCUAAGGUAAAUAUGUCUUAUAUUUCUUUACCAAAGCUAAUAAGAAAAAAUGAGACUAAUUCAUCAGCAUCGAUUAUAGGUAGUAAUGUUGAUAUCUUGAUACUCAUUCUAACUCGCUUACCAUCUAAAUCUCUUCUUGUAUUCAAAUGCGUAUCGAAACAGUGGCUAUCUAUAAUCGUUGACCCCAAAUUCGUUCACAAACAUUUCAUUCAAAACCCAAAAUUUUCUAUCCCAGGAAUCUUCUGGGGAGAUAAUAUGUUCUAUGGGAAACCAACGUAUGAUUACAUCUCUCUUGAUGAAAAUAAUACCCAUGUCCCUUUUAAAACCUUAACUUUUGCAGAAGAUGAAUUUGGUAUAAAGAUUGAGCAAUCCUGCAAUGGCUUAUUCUUAUGUAGAAGUAAUGCACCGCGCAAGAAUGAUUUUACUUAUUACAUAUUCAAUCCCUUGACAAACAAGUACAAAAUCUUACCCAAACCAUUGACAAGUUCAAGCUCUCAAAAGUUUAUUCAUAGCGUUAGUUUAGCAUUUGAUCCAUUCAAAUCCCCUUAUGACAAAGUUAUAGCAUUCUGGAGUAAUUUUGAUAAUACUACCAAGUGUGAUGAAUAUAGAAUUGAAAUCUACGAUUCUGAAGCAUCCUCUUGGAGGUUGUCUGGAUUUUAUUCAUGUACUGCCCAAGCUGAAUGUAUACCAUGGAACUCAUCUGGUAUCUUCUGGGAAGGUUCAUUGUACUGGUGCAACUUACAAGGGUCUAUGGUGUACUUUGACAUUGAUCGAGAGUUGGUAGGGGUACUGCCAAAUCCUGCUCGAGGAUAUACUGGUUCUGUUUACCACCUUGCUGAGUACGGGGGUCAUUUCUAUCUGAUUGGUGAAUAUUAUGACCUUUAUUAUCGUAUCAGCAUAUUCGAGAUGGAUGUUGCUAACUCUAGUUGCACUCCGAAAUUCUACAUCGACAUGAGAUUAAAUCCAUAUGGCAAGCCUACCCCGUUUUUGAGAUCUCUACUUUGGCAUGAUUAUAUGUUUUAUAUUGAGAGAGGAGAAGAAACGGAGUCAGCAAAGGUUUUUCUGCUAACAAAAGAGGCUAUGGUUGUCUCUUGUGAUCUAAAAGAUAUGAGCUUCAAGAAAAUUUAUGACAUAUCAAAACGUUUAAGAAAACCUUCAACUGCUAAAUGUUAUCAAAACAUUGAGUCUCUAGCUUGUGUUUAGUUCACAACUCUGGCACUGAGAGCUAACGGUUCCAGAUAUUCCUUAUUGAUGAGACUUGGUUUUUCCUCCUAGUUCCAACUAAGGGGGUGUUGACAAAGUUAUUUUAUUUUUAUUCUUUUUUCGAUUUUAUUUGAAUGUACCUUGGCAACCAAGGAAUUUGGUUUUAGAACU